UGGUUUAGCAACUAGCCGGGCUUGAAGCUAACCGACUUUAGUCAAUAGGGCUCUGGGCCGGCAUCUGGAAAUGUCUCCGGAAGUGCCACAGCUACAGCAGACCGGCUUACGAGAAAUUUGAUUUAUAAUACGUUUCCACUAGCCGCAAACCGCGGGGGGUGUUUUGAUUUUUGAGUGCGAUGAGAUGGACUAAAGGACACGUUAUUCGCGGAAGGCUGGUGGAACGCUUAGCCGCCUUAUGCUAACUAGCUCGGUGUCAUUAACCUCGCUGGCCGGCUCGGUAAAUAUUGCCCUCCUCUUCAGGACUCAUUUUAUGCCUUUAUAUAUUUGAACGGCAACAAGAGGAGUGUGAAAUGGACUGCUUAAUAUUUCAUUCCACGCUUUAACACUCAAGUUUUUCGUGGGCUAACAACGACCGCAUUGUUUUCCCCUCCUCCUCCCUCUCCUCAUGUUUGAAAUGGAGACCCAUGUUUCGUGCCUUUUCCCUGAGAUCCUGGCCAUCAUCUUCAGCUACCUGGACGUGAAAAACAAAGGACGGGUGGCCCAGGUGUGCGCGGCGUGGAGGGACGCGUCCUACCACAAGUCGGUGUGGCGGGGGGUGGAAGCCAAGCUGCAUCUACGCCGGGCCAACCCUUCCCUCUUCCCCAGCCUGCAGGCGAGGGGCAUCAAAAAGGUCCAGAUCCUCAGCUUGAGACGUAGUUUGAGCUACGUGAUUCAGGGGAUGCCCCACAUCGAGAGCCUGAACUUGUGCGGCUGCUUCAACCUGACAGACAACGGGCUGGGCCAUGCCUUCGUGCAGGACAUCCUGUCGCUGCGGGUUCUCAACCUGAGCCUGUGCAAGCAGAUCAGCGACUCUAGUCUGGACCUCAUCGCCCGGUACCUGAAGAACCUGGAGGUUCUGGAGUUGGGCGGAUGCAGCAACAUCACCAACAUGGGGCUCCUCCAGGUGGCCUGGGGGCUGCGCCGGCUCAAGAGCCUCAACCUGCGCAGCUGCCGCCACGUGUCAGACGUGGGCAUCGGGCACCUGUCAGGCAUGACGCGCAGUGAGGCGGAAGGCUGCCUGGCGCUGGAGAAGCUCACACUGCAGGACUGCCAAAAGCUCACCGACCUGUCGCUCAAGCAUGUGGCCAAGGGCCUGGGCGGGCUUAAGAUGCUCAACCUGAGCUUCUGCGGUGGCAUCUCAGACGCCGGCAUGAUCCACGUGUCCCGCAUGAGCCAGCUUGGCAGCCUCAACCUGCGCUCGUGCGACAACAUAAGUGACACAGGCAUCAUGCACCUGGCCAUGGGCUCGCUGCGUCUGUCGGGCUUGGACGUGUCCUUCUGUGACAAGAUCGGCGACCAAAGCCUGGCGUACAUGGCGCAGGGCCUCUACCGGCUCAAGUCGCUGUCGUUGUGCUCGUGCCACGUGAGCGACGACGGCAUCAACCGCAUGGUGAGGCAAAUGCACGAACUCAAGACGCUCAACAUUGGACAGUGCGUGCGAAUCACCGACAAGGGCCUGGAGCUCAUCGCCGACCACCUGACGCAGCUGACGGGCAUCGACCUGUAUGGAUGCACCAAGAUCACCAAGAGGGGCCUGGAGAGGAUCACGCAGCUGCCCUGCCUCAAGGUGCUCAACCUGGGUUUGUGGCAAAUGACAGACAGCGAGCGCGUCAGGUGAAAACAACUUUUCACGGACACUAAACUAUUGAGGGAGAGAGCGGCGAGACGUUUGGCGGUUUUGGGUUCCAAUCUCGAGUCCAUCCCUCGCCCUUUGCAUUUGUUGUCUCGGGGUACACUGGCUCCCACACACAUUCCAAAACAUGUUAACUUCAUCGAAGACUAAAUUGUCCAUAUGUGUGAGUGGUUGUUUUUCUACAGUAUAUGCGCCCUGCGAUUGGCUGGCCACCAGUCCAGGGGGUGCACUGAACUCUCCUGUGACUAGGCAUGGGCUAGAUUCUGAUGGGAUGAUAACCAUGAGCAUUACAGUAUUAUAUUUACAGCUCUAAAAUGACCUUUUUUACAAUCAUUUAAGUAAAUAAAAACUUGGGUUGGGUAUCGAUUUAGAUUUCCAAAAUCGAUUCGAUUUACGAUUCACUUUGACUGAUUUUCGAUUCAGUUAAGGAUUUCACGCAGUACCGAUUUCACUUUCAUAUGGAAUACAUUCCUAGGACAAGCAACGUUAGAAAUAGUAGAAACUCUAUGCUCUAACGUGGUGCAUUAGUAUGAAUAUAUCUUAAUAUAUGAAUAGUAUACAUUAAUAAUUUAACCCAAUGCAAUAAAGCAUACAUGAUAAAAAUAAUCAUGUAUGCUUUAUUGAAUAUAACAUGUUCAUUAAAUAAAUCAAUUCCAACCACAGGCUGUGUAAAUAAAGUGGCAAAAACACACCGUAAUCUCAUUCCAUUUACAUUCCUGACUGUGACAAAGUUUCAGUUCUUGCUGUCUUCAUGUUUUUGAAGACCCCAAAACCUCCAGACAUUUGCCUUCCAGCUUGUUGCCACUGCUUUAAGUGCUUCCGCCAUGCUGUUUUGAUAUGCUACUCUCGCAUAGUGAUGAGAUCUCGCAUGAUGCGAGAAGUCUCACGAAUUUAUGGGAAAAAGAUGUAUUGAAAGGAUCGAUUCAUGGUUUUAUGAAUCGAUAGUGAGCCAAGAAAAAAACAUUUGAUUUGAUUCAUCGAUUUAAAAAAAAACCAGCCCUAAUAAAAACACCCGUUUUUUUCCAUUGACCACAAUCUAUUCUCUUUUUAAACAAAAUAUAGAAUAUAUAGUGUAGAAGAAAUGUGUGUCAUAUUAACCAAGUUCAAAUAAGUAAUUGACAUUGUUCUUCUGUUUUAAAUCUUUUCAGUAAGUGUCCCAUCACUCUUGAGCUAUUAUUGUUAAAGUAGACCCAGUGGGCUACUCAUGUUGUCCUUGGGCUGUUGGCACUUUUUUUUUUUCUUCUCCAAAAAGAAAGAUGACCUCGUUACUGGUGACAGCCAGUAACAUGAUUGAAACCUUGAGUUUUUGAAACCGCGUAAACCAUCAAACCGA